AUGGGGAAGAAAGAGAGGCGCCUCAGACGACCAAAAGGAACAGGCAAGUUCCUUGAAGGUCAGAGGAAACUCUCUCAACUGAAGGAGCUGCCGCUGCAGACCACACCUGACCAGGACAGCAUCCUGAGCCUCUCGGCCCGCUGCCUCCUGCUCACCUGGCGGGACAACGAAGAGCUCAUCCUUCGGAUCCCCACCCACGAGAUUGCCGCCGCUUCCUACCUGAGGGACGAUGCGCUGCACCUGCUGGUGUUGAAGACAGGCCUGGGCGUCGACCCGGUUCCCGCAGGUGGCACCCUGGAUCUUUACCCCGGAAUCCCGCAACCGGACAAGAAAUAUCCUGCAGGAGCCGCUGCUGAGAAGAGACCCACGGACUCCCGGCAGUUGGGCUGCCCCAUGGAACGGCGCCACACCAUCUGCAGCCUGGACUGGAGGAUGUCUCGAGGGGGCUCCGAGGGACGUCCGAGCGGCGGAGGGAGCCUGGAGCGCAAGCAGGCCACGGGCAGCUGGGAGAAGAGACAACGGACCAGCAGUGGCACCGGUAGAGCCUUCGGCAGCUGGGAACCCCGCCAUGCCCACAGCGGCAGCUGGGAGCGGCGGCACGGCAGCCAAGCCGGGGGCAGCUGGGAGCGCGGGAAAACCUACGGCAGCUGGGAACACCGCCACACGGGCAGCAACCCCUUGGACCCCAAGGAACCCUGCCCGGAUGCCUACUGCAACCUGGUCAUCUUGGCCGUGGCCAACCGAGAUACCGCCGAGGAGUCGUGUGCUCUGAUCUGCCAGGUUUUCCAGAUCAUUUACGGCGACCAAACUAUUGAGUGUGUGGAUCGGGCCGGCUACCAUUACACGUCCACCCCGAAACGUCCUUGGCUGUCCAGCCGGAGUGAGAGCUGUCGGACCGAUGGGACGUACGGUUAUGACGCCGACUUCAGCUGCUGCAGCUCCUUUGAUGGCUCCCACGAGACCUUUGAGGCGUACUGCAGUGACUCUUCCUCCCCUCUGCUUCACCAGUCGCAUCACAGCCUGGCCACAGCCUGCAGUGGGAGUGACCAGAGCAAUAGCAGUUUGGAGCAACUCCAGGACUACAUGAUGACGUUACGGAGCAAGUUGACCCCCCAGGAGAUCCAAGGAUUCGCCCUCCUGCUCCGUGAAUACCGGACGGGCUUGGCGGUGGAGAGAUACUGCACCGGACUCCUAAAUCUCUAUGGGGAAAAGCGGAAAUUUCUCCUUUUGGGAAUGCGGCCCUUCAUCCCUGACCAGGACAUCGGCUACUUCGAGAGCUUCCUGGAGAGCAUCGGCAUCCGGGAAGGGGGCAUCCUGACCGACAGCUUCGGCCGCAUCAAGAAGAGCAUGAGCAGCACUUCGGCUUCGGCCGUGAGGAGCUACGACAGCUGGUCCCUGCAUUCCGAGUCGGAGUCCUUCAAUCGACGGAUCGCCAACAUCACCCACGACAUCGAAGCGCUGGCGGGGGACGAGGAAGAGGAGGAGGCUGACCGUGGGAGCGAUGAAGACAAUUAUCUCUAAAGGGGCGAAUUGAUUGGCCAGGAGGGAAGCGAGCCCCCUCCCCUUUGAUUAGUGGCAUCCAUGCCAUCCAGGCUUUAAGAGAGGGAUAGACUUCAACUCCCAGAAUGCCCCAGCCAGAUGCUUUAAAAUGUCCCAGAAUUCCUCAGCCAGUAUCCUUUAUGUUGGGUGGACUUCAACUCCCAGAAUUCCCCAGCUGGCAUUCUUUAAAUGGGGGGACUUCAACUCCCAGAAUUCCUCAGCCAGCAUUCUUUAAAUGGGGGACUUCCACUCCCAGAAUUCCUCAGCCAGCAUUCUUUAAAUGGGGGGGACUUCCAUUCCCAGAAUUCCUCAGCCAUCAUUCUUUAAAUGGGGGACUUCCACUCCCAGAAUUCCUCAGCCAUCAUUCUUUAAAUGGGGGACUUCCACUCCAGAAUUCCCCAGCCAGCAUGCUUAAAGAUGGGGGGACUUCAACUCCCAGAAUUCCCCAGCCGGCAUUCUUUAAAUGGGGGGACUUCAACUCCCAGAAUUCCCCAGCCGGCAUUCUUUAAAUGGGGGACUUCCACUCCCAGAAUUCCCCAGCCAGCAUUCUUUAAAUGGGGGGAAAUUCCACUUCCAGAAUUCCCCAGCCAGCAUUCUUUAAAUGGGGGGACUUCAACUCCCAGAAUUCCCCAGCCGGCAUUCUUUAAAUGGGGGACUUCCACUCCCAGAAUUCCCCAGCCAGCAUUCUUUAAAUGGGGGGACUUCCACUCCCAGAAUUCCCCAGCCAGCAUGCUUAAAGAUGGGUGGACUUCAACUCCCAGAAUUCCCCAGCUGGCAUUCUUUAAAUGGGGGGACUUCAACUCCCAGAAUUCCCCAACCGGCAUUCUUUAAAUGGGGGACUUCCACUCCCAGAAUUCCCCAGCCAGCAUUCUUUAAAUGGGGGAAAUUCCACUUCCAGAAUUCCCAGCCAGCAUUCUUUAAAUGGGGGGACUUCAACUCCCAGAAUUCCCCAGCCGGCAUUCUUUAAAUGGGGGGACUUCCACUCCCAGAAUUCCUCAGCUGGCAUUCUUUAAGAUGGGGGGACUUCCACUCCCAGAAUUCCCCAGCCAGCAUUCUUUAAAUGGGGGAAAUUCCACUCCCAGAAUUCCCCAGCCGGCAUUCUUUCAAUGGGGGACUUCAACUCCCAGAAUUCCCCAGCCGUCAUUCUUUAAGAUGGGGGGACUUCAACUUCCAGAAUUCCCCAGCCGGCAUUCUUCAAAUGGGUGGACUUCCACUCCCAGAAUUCCUUAGCCUGUGUGCUUUAAGAUGGGUGGAGUCUCAGAAUUCUGGGACUUGAAGUCCACCCCUCUUAAAGCAGCCAAGUUUUCAUAGGGAUUAUUCUCUCAUUUUUAAACUGCAAAGAGUUUUGAUUGCCUUCAAAACUUGGGCCGCCUUGUUAGGGCAUUUUUUGUGUGUCUUUGAGCCCCUGCCAAGUAACACGCCUGCCCGUGUGUGUGCAGUUGUGUGCAGUUGUCUUUCAAGGGCUGGUUCGUUGCAUCGGGAAGGCGUUGGAUGGAAAGUUUGGAAAUGUGUCAAAUUAAAUAAAUCCUGCAAAGCCAUUGCAGACAAAAAUGGAAACCAAAAGACUGAACACUUGGCACACCUGUGAAAUGGGCUGAGGUCCAAGGAUGUUUGUGUGAGACACACACAAACACACACACACACACUGUUGCAAAGCUGCCUAGUCCUGGAGAUCAGCAGAGAGGCCUCUUAGAACAAGGAUUCUCCAACCUUGGCAACUUUAAACCUGGCGGACUUCAACUCCCAGAAUUCCCCAGGAAGACCCUCCGACGGCCAUUUUGCUUGGAAUUAUAGAGGUAGUCCAGUUCAUUUAGUGACCAUUUAACCCUUGAAAAAAAUGACUCAGGACCAUUUUUCUCACUUACGACCGUUGUCACAUCCCCUUGGUCACGUCAUCGAAAUUCAGACGCUUGGCAACUGGCUCGUAUUUAUGACGGUCGCCGUGUCCCUGGGCCAUGGGAUCAACUUUUGCGACUUUCUGACAAGCCACGUCC